AUGGAUUUCUACUCCGCUUCAAAAUGCUUAAACUCGAAUGCCUUUCUUCUUGGAGUUUUUGAUGGACAUGGAGGAGCGACCUGUGCUAGGCAUGUUUGUACACGGCUUUAUGACUAUAUUUGCUGUUCGGUUCUUGAUAAACAUCGUGUUGUUCACAUGCCAAUAGGAGAACAAUUGCAAUGGCUUUUUGGAAGCGCUACUCCGUCCCUCCCUGCUGAUAUUGACCAAGUACAUCAGCUAAAUAUAAGAGAAUAUUUUAAAAGGAUUAAAAAGAAAAGCAAUUGUCCACUUACGACAGUUCGAGAUACUCUCCAAACUUCCUUUUCAGUUUUGGAUGAGGACUUGGCAAAAAGUGCAAUGCCUGACCAAAAUGGAUUGGUUUGCAGACAUGUCGCAUCCUGUGGAGAUUCUGCAGCUGUUCUUGGUGUUCAUUUGGCAAAUGAUGUAAUUGCACGACAAUUGACAAGGCCACAUACUGUUGAAAAUUUGGAUGAGAUUGCUAGGAUUCGUUCUGCACAUCCCCCUUCAGAAAAUCGAACAAUACUUAAAGCCAAUCGUUUACUUGGAGAACUUUAUCCUCUUAGAGCAUUUGGCGAUGUUCGAUUUAAAUGGCCAAAAGAAUUACAAAAAGUUGUACUUGACCCCCUUGGAAUGCCUGCACCUCAACAUUUGUUAACACCUCCAUAUUUGACUUGCCUCCCAGAAGUGUUUUAUCAUCAAUUAACAUCCAAUGACCGUUUUUUGAUUCUUAACAAUUUGGAAAAAAGACAGUCUGCUGACAACAAAAAACCUUUAGACGAAAAUUGUGCUACUCAUUUAAUUAGAAAUGCAUUGGGUGGUGUUUCUGGGGAUGUAGAAUUACAAUAUGCGAGAUUAGAGGAAAUGUUAAUGUUACCCCCUGGAAUGGCUAGACACUACAGGGAUGACAUAACGGUUGUUGUAAUCCAAUUUAAUGAAAAAUAUUUAUUAGAAGACCACGAAGAUGAUGGUGGUCAUUUUUGA